AUAUGGGUUUUACUAGUAAACCACAUGUGAUACUUGUACCUUUUCCAGCCCAAGGCCAUGUUGCUCCUCUCAUGAAAUUGGCGAACAAUCUUGCUAGCCACGGCAUCAAGGUCACUUUUGUUAACACGGAGUCCAUACACAUGCAAAUUAUGUCUGCAAUGUCUCGAGAAAUCGCAGACCAAUGUCCGAUAAAUUUAGCUGCGAUUCCUGGCGGAUGGGAGUCUAAUCCUGGAGAGCAAGUUAAGCCGGAAUCAAUAGAGAAUGCACCAAAGCUUAUGCGAGUUCAUCUGCAUAAUCUGAUCGAAAAUAUUAAUCAGACGAACAAUGAUGCGCAUGUAACGCAUCUUAUUGCUGAUAUAGCAAAUGUGUGGCCGCUAGAUGUAGCCAAGAAGAUGUGUAUCAAGACGGUCACAUUUGUACCUUAUGGACUGGGAAAUUUGGCACUGGUACUGCAUGCUCCUAAGCUUGUUCAGGCUGGAAUCAUUGAUGUUUUUGGAAUUCCAAUCCAAGAAGAACCAGUUUCCAUAUCCAAAGAGAUUCCUCCCUGGAAUAUAAACGAGCUCGUAUGGAACAUCAAUGGCGAUACAGAAGUACAAAAAUUUGUAUACAGACAGUGUGUCGAAAACAUUCCUGAGUACAUCAAAAUUUCUGAUUUCAUAAUAGUCAAUUCCUUUUACGAACUUGAACCAUCAGCCUACCACUUGAUUCCAAACAUCUUACCAAUUGGUCCAUUGCUAGAACAUUCUCAAUUCGGACCGUUUGCCGGAAACUUGUGGUCAGAGGAUUCAACUUGUUUAAGCUGGCUCGAUCAACAACCUUCGAGAUCAGUCAUCUACAUCGCAUUCGGCAGCUCAGUAUUUUUCAAUCAGCACCAAUUUAAUGAACUAGCACAUGGUCUUGAAGUCACAGGCCGUCCAUUUUUAUGGGUUGUUAGAUCAGAUUUUUUAACGAAUAAUGAAGCGACUAAAGAAUUUUCUGAUCGUAACAUUUUGGAGAGAAUUCAAAAUUAUGGAAAAAUAGUUAAAUGGGCUCCUCAGGAGAAGGUAUUGGCUCAUCCUUCGAUCGCGUGUUUCGUUUCGCAUUGCGGAUGGAAUUCGAUUAUGGAAGGUGUUAGCAUGGGGGUACCAUUUUUAUGCUGGCCUUACAUGGGGGAUCAAUUUCAUAAUAAGGAUUAUAUUUGUGAAGCUUGGAAAGUUGGCCUAGUGGUAAAUCCUGAUGAAAAAGGAAUUGUAACUAGGCAUGAAAUUAAGAGCAAGAUAGAGAAAUUGAUUUGUGAUGAGGAUAUAAAAAUUAAUUCUCUGAAACUGAAAGAAAUGGCUAAAAUUAGUGUUGGUGAAGGUGGUACUUCUUACAAGAACCUUUUAAGCUUUGUUGAACAAAUCAAGCAUUAGUUUUUUUUGUUUUUG